UCCUCCAAAGUGCAGCAUGGGUCUCUCCUCUACGCUGCUUUUCGUUGCUUUUCUGGGCUGGGCUGAAGGUGGUUCCUCUCUCCACUACUCGGAUGGUCGGUCCAGCCGCCUCUCUCUGGAGAAAACCUUCAGCCGAUCGCUCAAAGAGUCCCAGUGCCUACACAUGUUGAAGCACCUUCAUAAUGGAGCCCGGAUCUCUGUGCAGAUGCCUCCCAAUGUAGAGGGUCACUGGGUGUCCACCAGCUGUGAGGUGAGACCAGGUCCGGAGUUCUUGACGCGCUCCUACAGUUUCUACUCCAACAACACGUUCCAGGCUCACCAGUUCUAUUACGAGGACAACCACUGCACCAGACCCACCUACACCCUGGUGAUCCGGGGUCGUCUGCGCUUACGCCAGGCCUCCUGGAUCAUCCGCGGCGGCACAGAGGCAGAGUACCACCUCCACCGCGUCCAGAUGGUUUGUCACACAGCCACCGUGGCCAAAGAGCUCAGCCAAAGGUUCAACCGUAGCUGCAAAGGGGCCGUGAAGGGCCCCUGGGAGCCCAGCGUGGUCUACGAGCUGUGGAGCGAGGAGGGCGGCUACGACUGCUCCAGGGAGCUUAACUUUGCGAUGCAUGAGCUGCAGCUGCUGAGGGUGGAGAAGCAGUACCUGCAUCACAACCUGGAUCACCUGGUGGAGGAGCUGUUUCUCGGAGACAUCCACACCGAGCCGUCCCAGAGGCUGUACUACAAGCCGUCCAGCUACCAGACCGCUCUGCAGAACGCCAAGAACCAUGACCACGGCUGCGUCGCAUGUCGUAUCAUCUUCCGCUCGGAUGAGUUCCACCCCCCCAUCCUGUCGCCGCGAUCCGACCUGACCGUCGGCUUGUAUGGUCAGUGGGUGAGCCAGCGCUGCGAGGUUCGCCCCGAGGUCCUUUUCCUCACCCGCCACUUCAUCUUCCACGACAAUAACCACACAUGGGAGGGACACUACUUCCACUACUCAGACCCCGUCUGUAAGCACCCCACCUUCACCAUCUACGCCCGCGGACGCUACAGCAGAGGGCUUCACUCCACCAGUGUCAUGGGCGGGACAGAGUUCGUUUUCAAAGUGAACCACAUGCGAGUAACUCCCAUGGACUUCACCACCACCUCCCUCCUCAACGUCUUUAAUGGUAACGAAUGUGGGGUGCAGGGGUCCUGGCAGGUCGGGGUGCAGCAGGACGUCACCUUGACCGACGGCUGUGUGGCACUGGGCAUCCGGCUCCCCCACACGGAGUAUGAGCUGUUCCGCAUGGAGCAGGAUGCCCAGGGUCGCUACCUGCUCUACAACGGCCAGCGUCCCAGCGACGGCUCUAGCCCCGACCGGCCGGAGGAGCGGGCCACCUCCUACCAGAUGCCCCUGAUGCAGUGCUCGGCAAGCAGCCAGGCGUCCGAGCGCAGCAGAGCGGACGACCCUGACCGGCCUCUGCUGCAUCACAACGACUGCACGGGAUGGCACAGAGGCGGCCGGCAACACGUCCGGGGGACUCUUGCCGCAUUCGUCACAUCGUUGCUCCUCAGCUGGCAACGGUAG